AUGGCCCUUGUGGGCUGGGACACGACGGUCGGCGUACCAGGAGCGGUGGAGAUGUCCAUCGAGACUGGUCUCAUGGAAGUGAUGUUGCCCGUCUCAGUCAACGAGACAGAGCCGGUUCCCUCCACCUCGGCCGGUCUUCGUGGAACCGAGGAGUCGGCAAGCGAAAGGACAGCAUUACGCCAGAGAGCCAGCAAGCCUGACGAGAACCACUUACUAGCUGCUGCGAAGUUCACGCCAUCUGGGAGCUUCAUGGGAUUUCGAGAUGCCGUCGCAACGUAUGGACACGUCGAGCAAAGCCUUUUGGAACUCAACCGCUUCCUUGCUGUUCAGCUAAGAGGAACACUGAGUAGAGCUCCUGAACCUCUUGCCGGUCGCCUAAGGAACCUUUCCGUGACGACGCGAGAACGGGUUCGAGUUCUUCUUGAAGAGGUGAAGUCCUUAGCGAACCAGGCAGGCAUUUUCAAGAAGAAACGUGAAGCACUGUUCGAGCUGAAGAACAAGGUCCGCAGGCUUAUUGAAGUGAAUCAGAACCAGGAUAACUGUUCCACAGUCUUAUCAUGCCGCCUGGCCAGCCCACAUGGGUUCUCCUCAGGAAUCCACGAUGUGCUCUGGUGUCUUGUCAGAGGUGUUCAGCUCAAACGUCCAGUGAUUGUAGAUUCUGAGCUGUGGCAUUAUGACCCGUAUGGUUGGAGUCGAAUCUUUCUGCCACUGAGCUACAAGUGUCCUGAGAAACCUGACCGUUCGUCAACGUGGCCAGGAGACAACAUCUCGAAGAAUCGCGGAUCUAUCCUGGAUAUUCCUGACGAUAUCGCGGCAGAAUUAGUCAGGCUUCACACAGACCCUUACGCCUGGUGGUUUGGGCAGUUCAUGGCAUACAUCAUGAGGCCUUCGGUGUCCCUAUUUGACAACCUAAGCGAAACGAAGAGAAACAUCACCUUUGGGUCUCCUAUUGUGGGCUUACACGUCCGACGCACUGACAAGGGCAGCGAGGCGUCCUACCACGAAGUAGAAGAAUACAUGGAACACGCCGAGGAAUAUUUCGCCAACAUCGCCGGGCCCGUACCAAGGCGCAUAUAUGUGGCAACCGAAGAGCCUUCGGUCUUCCGGGAACUACGGAAAAAGUUCCCAAGAUAUCUCUUUCUGGGCGACGAGAAGGCGUCCCAGGAUGCCAGCAAUCGAAGCACACGUUAUUCACCAUCUGCCCUCCAGGCAGUCGUGAAGGACAUUUUCCUUCUUUCCCAGUGUGACUUGGUCGUAUGUACUUUGUCAUCUGGCGUGUGUCGUGUCGCCUACGAGCUAAUGCAAGAGCGACGUACCGACGCCACAUCUCACAUAGUAUCGUUAGACGUUGACUACUUCUAUGCAUUCGUUCGAUUCCCGCCCAGGCGUAUCAUCUACCCACACCAAGGGACUGCGCCCAAGGAAUUGCAGCUGCGAGAAGGCGACAGCGUCCAACGAGUGGGCGAUUUUUCAGUCACUCUGGAAGCACAAAAUAAGAAAUUUUGGGACGGCUACUCUUUUAGUUGUCGCCAAGGAACAAACCUUACCGGACACUUUCCGUUGUUCAAGAGCGUAGCACAAGUGCGUGUUCCACCCAACGUUACCGAAACGAAUCUCUUCGAAGAAGCUGAGUCUGAAGCAUUAGUGUGUAAAGCGUGA